AUGAGCGAUUCAACAGCAAAUGUGGAACAAGAAUCCAAUAAAGAUCAUCAGGAUGUUAACAUAACAACUGCCACAACAUUCAGCAAAAAAAGAUGUAUUGAACUGAUUACUUCUUCGAAUAUUGAAACUGAAACGAAAAAUCAUGGAAAACGUACGAAAGGUUCAGAUAUUGUAAACACAAGUACUAGUGAUAAAAAUGAUGAACCUAUUUCUUCUCCAUAUGAUGAUGGUACAGAAGAAACUACAAGCAAUGUUCAGAAAAAAGAUAAGUCUUGUGAUGAGCCAUCAUCACCACGAAUAAACAACUACGAUGAAGAUAGUCUCGAAGGAAAAUUUAAUGAAAAUGAGUAUUCUCAAGAAGAACCUUCAUCACAACAUACAACUGAUAGUUUGGAUUUAGUUAAUGUAGACGAAGAAGAUGAUGGAACAUUUCAAGGUACGCCAUUAUCUGAAAUAGCAAAUAUAUGCCAACAUCCACCGACACUUUCUGAUAUGAAUGAUAUUCGUGAUAAUAAUCAUACAUUUCUAAUUAAACCAUUUAAAUACGAUCCAAAUGCUCCUGAUCGUGAACCUGAACCAUUUUAUGAGAAUGGCACUUAUGUCGAUGAAUGGGAUCAAGAUUAUGUUCGUUUACCUUGUUCACAAUCUUAUAUAACUAAAAAUGGUACGCAGAGAUGGCCAAUAAUUCAAGGAUCAUUAACAAAACUUCAACAUCUAUCAGAAACACAAAUGGCUACAAUGGAAGAUAUCAAAGAAACGAUUGAAGAAUGUGCUGGACGAAACUAUGAAUUCAAUUGUCUUGAACGACUUUUGAAUGAAGUUUAUUCGGGAGAUGAGCGCGGCUAUUUUAUGUCUACUGUUCUUUCGAAUAUUUGUAGUUUGGCAUUGAAUGUUGAUAAAAUUUGUAGUCGACCACCACCAUUACUACGUAUAGGAUCAAAUCGCACAGUGACGAUGUCACAAAAACAAGCAGCUUCACUAUUAGCUUGUGCAUUUUUUUGCUUGUUCCCUCGACGCUUUAAUCAGAAAAUAGGCAGCGAAUAUGAAAAUUAUCCAAAUCCAAACUUUAACACGUUAUUUCACGGUGGUAGAUCAGGAGGAUCUACGUGGAAAAUUGAAAAGCUCAAAUGUGUUUUUCAUUAUUUUCAUCGUAUUACUGAGAAAAUGCCCAAUGGUGUCAUGACACUUCGACGUUAUCAAUUGCCGGAAAGCUGUGCACCGAAAUGGACAGAAUCCAAAGAACCUUUAUGUAAAAUUCAUAUAACAAAAAAUAAGAGUAUAGAAGAUGUAGCUGGUCUUUUACAAGUUGACUUUGCUAAUAAAUAUAUUGGUGGCGGUGUAAUGAAUGAAGGUUGUGUACAAGAAGAAAUACGUUUUGUUAUUUGUCCUGAAAUGCUUAUUAGUUUAUUAUUAUGCGAAGUAAUGAAACCAAAUGAAUGUGUUUUUCUUAUUGGCUGUGAACGUUUUUCAUCAUAUCGAGGUUACUCAACGUCAUUUGAAUUUAAAGAAAAUUACGUCGAUCAAACUCCAAAAGACUCUUGGGGUCGAAAAUUAUGUCACGUUGUUGCAAUGGAUGCUAUUGCAUUUUAUAAUCGGGCGACACAAUUCAAAUUACCUCAAAUGAAAAGAGAACUAAUAAAAGCUUAUACGUGUUUUCGUAUUCCAGCAGCAGUCACUGACAAAAAAUCAGGUGUUGUUACGGGCAAUUGGGGUUGUGGUGCAUUUAAUGGAAAUAAACAAUUGAAAGCGAUUAUACAAUUGAUUGCUGCAUCACAAGCUGGACGCCCGCUUGUUUAUUUAACAUUUCGUGAUCAAAAAUUAGUUGAUUCAUUCUAUGAAGUCUACGAAUAUUUAUCAAAUGAAAAAGCAACAGUAAAAGAUCUCUGCGCUUAUCUUCAACAUUAUGCCGACUUGUACAGAAAGUUACCAUUAUUUGAUUACAUUCUUCAAACAUCAGUAACGUCGCUUCAUUCAUAA